GGAGUAGGGAGGUCGGGGGAGGGAGGGGAGUCAGGAUGGGAAGGGAAGUCCUGGGAGGGGGGUCGGUGCAGCGAGGGAAGUUGGGAUGGGAAGUGGGGUCGGGGGAAGGGGGUUGGGUAAUGGAGGUCGGCGGAGGCAAGUUGGGACAGGGAAGUCGGGGCAGGGAAAGGCCAAUGGGGGCAAGGGGCAGGGUAACGCGCGGACUCACGGAGCGAAGUAUCAGUUAGGGAGGGAGGGGACGAACCGCUGUGGGGGAAUCCAAGGCGGAGCGAACGGAAGGCGGGUGCGGACGGUCUCCGUGGGUGGGACGUGGGACACGAUUGAUGCGUGUCGAUGCAUGGCUAUGGCGAACGUACGCAGAAGAGGGGCGGGGCGAAGAGGGCGGAGGGGAAGUCGGGAUGAAGAAACGGGAUCAGAGAGGGAAGUCGAGAUCGGAAGACAGAGGUGGGGAUCGAUAAGGGGAAGUGGGGAGAAGGAAGCCGGGAUGGGGAGGGAAGUCGCCGGAGGGAGGUCGGGGGAGGGAGGUCAGAGGAGGGAGUCGGGAUCGGGGGAGAGAGGUGGGGAUCGGUGGAGGGAAGCCGGAAUCGGGGGUGAGGUGGGGAUCGGUGGAAAGAAGCCGGAAUCGGGGGUGAGGUGGGGAUCGGAAAGUAGGGGAAGGGACCGUGGGAUCCGGAAGGAAGUCGGGAAAGGGAGGUUGCGGAGCGAGAUCGCAUCUCGUGAAGAUAUCAUAAAUGAAGCUCCACCUCUAGCAGCUUUUCAAAAGAAGAUGGCCAACCGUUUGCUCAUUAGAAGCCAUCGGGUGUCAAUGGCGUCAGAAGCAUCUAUCCUGGUUUAUGGGGCUACUGGCUACACAGGUAAUCUUGUUGCACAGAAGGUGAAGGAACUGGGGCUCAGUGCGACUCUUGCAGGUCGCAAUGCAGAGAAAGUGAAGACGGUUGCGGACAAGGUUCAGCUGCCUUACGAGGUGCUUGAUCUGAGCGAUUCGGCAAAACUUGAUGACCUAGUUGGUCGGCACAAACUUGUUCUGCACAUGGCCGGACCGUAUGCUGUCACAUCACCUCCGAUGCUGGAAGCUUGUCUGCGGAAAAAAGUGCACUAUCUAGAUGUGACGGGAGAGGCAAGGGUUGUCGAAGCGGUGAAGAGUCGCAGCGAGGAGGCAAAAUCGAGUGGGUUGACUCUGAUGCCUGCUGUUGGCUUCGACGCCGCUGUAGGAGACGCAGUUGCUGCCCAUCUUAAGCGUCGCCUGCCGACUGCAACACAUCUGGACCUCGGGCUCAUGGUCCCACGGGCGUCCACAGCAAACAUGCCCUCUACGAGUAAGUCUAUGUCUAUGUCGCGUGGAACAAUGAAGUCGGUUCUGUUUAGCAUCCUUCCGGAUGGUGGUUUAGCAAUGCGAGAUGGGAACUUGGUGCAAGAGUCUGUCGCUGCAAGGCAUCGGAAAUUCGAUCUCGAUGGCGAUGAUAAAGGUAUGUCCUUCUCGUCAUUCCCUGCAUGUGAGAUAAUAGUGGCAGGGCACUCGACAGGAAUACCAAACAUCUCCAGUUACAUGCCAGGAAACAUGAAGCUGCCACCUGCAGGACUUGUCCGGAUGGUCAGGCCCUUGUUGACAACCAAUGCGUUCCAGAAGGUUGCGGGCUUUGCAGUAGACUUGUUUACGCAACCUGGCCCUGAGCCCAAGGAUGUUGAGGGGGUCCAUAUGUCUGCUGUCGGCGAAGCACGCGAUGAAGCAGGCGGCAAAGUUGCACGGGCUAUAGCAACCGUGGGUGCACCCUACCCAUUCACAGCAAGCUGCUCACUUGAGGUGGCGAGACGCAUCCUUCAGGGCGAUUUCAAGCCAGGGUUCCAGACUACCACAUCAGCAUAUGGGCCGGACUUUCUUGUAUCCAUACCCGGGGAGACCACCGAGGUUAAGGACCUUCCUUGACUGUCUCCGUGAUGCUAAUGCUGGAACGGAGGGCAUACUCACGCUACGGUAGGCCCUCAAAUCACAGAAUUGCAAAACAAAUGGCCACAGAUCAAGUCCUUGUGGAAACCAGGCCCUCAAAACCGCCAAAUUGCGACACAAGCGGCCAGAUCGAGUCCUCCUGAAAAGGAGGACUCCAUCUGGCUGCUCAUUUUGUGAUUCUUCUGUUUUGUGUGAGUAUGCUCUUGAGUCCGGGCUAGACCCAUCCCACUAAGGAUACGGACUAGUAUGUCUUGUCACCGAUGAUAUGGAAUUGUUGGUAGGGGUACUAGCUGAGAUGGUCUUUACUUCUUGAUCUUGAAAGGAAGGCCAGGGGAGUGUUUUUUUUGCUUUUCCGGGUUUUCCCCUUUAAAAAGUCGAGGUUGUUUUAGCGGCUGGCUACUAGGCAUAUGACAGGCCUGCCAGCACCUGACCGUUUGAUCAUCUCGAUGUAUUGCCUAACUGGCCCCCUAUGAGAUACCCUCCCACCGUUACUCGUCAUCUCGAUCCCCGGCGCAUCCCUACACCCUGAGUACACCCUGGAUCAUCACGCAUUUCGGUGAUCUUUGACCGGACAGCGGUUACAGGCAUCAGGGCUAAGCAGGUUCUCACCUCCCUCCCCAGCCCUGUUUGAAGCACUAUCGCACGAGCCACGUUGUACUGGGCACUUCGAGCGCUCGGGGUAAGCAUAUUCCUCUGCAAGUCCCAUAGGCAAACCAAGUUUUUUCUUCUUCUUCUUUUUUUUUUUUUUGUUAGAGAGAUCCUAGCUAGCCUUAACAUCCUCAGAUCCCUCUCGUUAGUCUUUGAAUUCUUGCAGAGGUUAUUCGAACCUAGAGCAUCUCCAGUUUCCGUCGGGAGAUGUGGGCAAAGGUUGCUGAGCGUCUAUCCAGUCGGCAAGCACCUGCAUCAAUAAUUCAAGAUUCCAGACCCCCAGGUGCACCCAGUGACCCUAUUGGGCUCUUAAACUGUCCAGCGAAACAGAAAACUAUAUAUCACUGUGUAUGGCAUAUCUCUAUUGGAGUGGUGAGCUUGUGCGUUGGGAUUCACUUACGGACGAUCCUGUUCGGCCAGGUGUAUUUUAUAAUUUUACUAAUUUUGGCAUUGCGAAACUAACUGGUCGUCCAGAUCGUAUAGUAGUGUAAAAAGUUGUGUAGCUGUCAAGUUGUAGCAAUAUAACAUCCUCUCCAGGCAAAAAGCCUAGGUGUAUUGUAACUUGGGCUUCUUUAUAUGAAUGGUGUGAGUGGUGUCCAUAAAAGUUGAUAAAAGAGCCAAUGUUUGCUUAUGGUGAAAAGCAUGGAAAGUAUGCCACAGAUUCCAAGCUCCGAAAGGGUUAAUCAUUACCUCUCUGUGGCUGGCUAUUAAAUGCUGGUUACUUGUCUCAAGUUCUCUCAACAUAUAUUGAAAGUGCACUGUGCUGAGACAGACCCAUUCGUCUUUUCCGCACGCGAGGGGGUUAAAAGUUAAAACUUAAAAGAAAGAAAAUGAAACAAGAUCCAGUCUAAGCAAGAAUCACCCGCUCGGAACUGGGUCAAACGCCGCAUGCUCACGAGUGCAGACAACCUUUCCCCCUGUUACGACGAGUGAGUUGCGUGACAGCAUCAACUGCUCCACGUUCCACAACAAUUAUUGCUUCAUCAGGAGGUUUAACUGUUGGUUAUGCACGUUCGAAGUAAACGCCUAUACUUGCU